GUGAUGAACAUUUACGUUUAUUAUUAUUUUUUGCUUAAUUCAGUUUUAGUGGAUUGUGAUGAACAAAAGUUUUAAACUCAACUUCAUAUUACUUAGUUAGCCGACGAUUUUCGAAGAGUGACAGUCAAUUUUAUCCAGCGUGAAAGAUUGUUUGAUUUUAAAUAAAGAAUGGAAAGUCCAACAUUCUCUAUCGACGCGUGUGCCCAACGGAACAACAAACAUAGAUGACGAGACUUUAGAAUUUUUUCUCCAAUAUAAAAAGUGAAUCAUUAAAAAACUUUAAAAAUUACCAGUUUAACAUUACUGAUAUAUAAACGAUAAACCGAAAAAGUUUGAUUUAGUGUUACUUUGAAGAUUGAACUUGAAUAUUUUUUUUUAUGAUUGGAGCGUGAACCGCUUAUAAACAUAAAUGUUUACAAACGAAUUGAGUUUAACAAUUCAAGUGUUUUUUAAAAGUCAUCUUGAUCAUCGCGACUAAAGUAAAUACACGUUUUGUUAAGUGAAAGACAAUAAAUAAUUAAAAGAUGAUGGUAAAAGUUCUUCUGUUUACAAUUCUUUGUUAUCAAAGUUGCGCGGAAAUAAUUCAAACACAAACAGAUCACAUGUGUGAAUUAAUAUUGGAUACAAAGAUUUUAUUUAUUCCUGCUAAUGAGACGUGGUCAAGCUCCGAAGACCCGUGCGUAGUCUACAAAUGUUUAAAGACAUUUGAAAAUGAAAACAAAAUAGAAAUUGAGAAGAUUGAAUGUAACAUAACAUGCCCUGAAGAUUAUGUUUAUAAAAAUUCAACAAAAGAUUGUUGCGGAAGUUGCUACGCAACAUUUUGCAUGUUGGAUGAUGUGAAACAUAAAAUUGGAAGUAUUUGGAAAAGUGACAAUAAUUGCACAGUUAAUGAAUGUGUAUACAAUAGUGAUGAACCUUAUGUCACAUCUUACAAGAAAUCAUGUCCGAAAAUUAACAGUUGUGAGUUGGAAAGCAUCGAAGUCAAAGAUUGUUGUCCAUAUUGUAAUUCAAUGAAGUCAAUGAGAAAAAAUCUUCCAUUGAUAAACGAAGUUAAGUUAACUAAUCGAGACAAAUACCGACUACACCCAUGUCUAAGAGAAUGUGUCGAAGGUCAAGAACUAACGUGUUAUUAUGAAUUCGUUGUUGAGAAUUUUCAAACGAUGAGUAAAGCUUGUUACAAUUGUCCAUCGAAUAUGACUGAUUGCUAUAAGCCGCAUUGCAUACCAGCUGAUGGGAUGAUGAGAAGUAUAACUGUGGUCAAUCGAAUGAUGCCUGGGCCUAACAUUGAAGUUUGUGUAAACGACACAAUUAUUGUAGAUGUCAAGAAUCAUUUGAUGAGUGAAGGAACUUCAAUUCAUUGGCAUGGCUUACAUCAAAGAAACACUCCAUACAUGGAUGGAGUUCCACAAAUAACUCAAUGUGCUAUUCCAGUUGGUCAAAUCUUUCGUUACACAUUUAGAGCUGACAAUUCUGGAACUCAUUUCUGGCAUUCUCAUCUUGGAAUGCAGAGAGGUGAUGGAGUUUAUGGAGCGAUAAUUGUUAGAAAAGCUGAAGAACUGAAUGAGAAUCUUUACGAUUAUGAUUUGUCUGAUCAUAUUCUUAUAACAAUUGAUUGGACACAUUUACCGGCAACUUCCAUUUUUACAAGUCAUCAUCACAGUGGAGGUUCGAACAAACCACCAAACAUUCUCAUUAAUGGUAGAGGGAAAUAUUUUGGUAAUUUAUCAUUAGCAAUUACAAAUAAUGAUGAAAUGGUUCCUACUACAACUGAAAGUUUUGAAGAAUUCGAAACAACGUUUAAUAUUGAGAAUGUUGAAGAGACAACAACUGAAAGCAUUAAUCAAGAUGAACAUCAAGAAGUUAUUAAUCGUUCUAGUCGAUCUAUUUCAGGUGCUCCAGCUCCUGUGCAACCUCCUGAGAAACUUGGUAAUCCAAGUCAAGAAUCAAUUCUUGUACCAUUUGAAGUGUUUAAUGUUGUUAAAGGAUUUCGUUACCGAUUCCGUCACAUUAACGCUGGUUUUUUAAAUUGUCCAAUACAAUUAUCAAUUGAUAAUCAUACAAUAACUGUGAUAUCAUCAGAUGGAAAUGCUUUGGAACCAGUCGAAGCAACAUUUUUAACAACUUAUGCUGGUGAAAGAUGGGACUUCAUCGUCAAUGCCAACCAAGAAGUUGGAAAUUAUUUUAUAAGGGCACGUGGUGGAAUGGACUGUGAUGAAAGAUUCACAUCAGCUUUCCAAAUGGCUGUUCUACACUACCAAGGAGCUCCUGAAGAAGAUCCAAAGGAAAAGCCAAGUUAUGAUAUGAAACGAGAAGGGCUUGCAUUGAACUCUUUAAACACUGGUUCGGGACAAGAAACAUCAAUAACUGCGGCAGAAUUAAAAUCUUAUGAGAAGAAAGAGAAUAAAAUUUUGAAACCGGAACCAGAUUACAAGUUCUUUAUAUCCUACGACUUCUAUGGUAAAGACAACCCGUUGUUUCAUGUGGAAAAUCUUUACGGCUUUAAUCAAGUUGAAAUUGGUCGCAUUUACACGCCACAGUUAAAUCAUAUCACAAUGCAAAUGCCAGCAAAACCUGCAAUGCUUGCCAAAGGUCUUCUUGAUUCGACAUUUUGUAACGAAUCGUCGUUGUUAUCGCAAGGAAUUAAUUGCAGGGAGGUGUUCUGUCAUUGCACUCAUGUCUUGCAAGUGCCACUUAACGCUGUCGUUGAAAUGAUAUUAGUUGAUGAAGGCUUUACAUAUGAUGCUAAUCACAUGUUUCAUUUGCAUGGGAAUUACUUUAAUGUCAUCGGAAUGGAUCGAUUAGGAACAAACGUGACAAUUCAAGAAGUCAAAGAACUUGACAGAAUGGGAAGACUGAGAAGAAAGUUAAUCGAUUCUCCUCAAAAAGACACAGUGACAGUUCCUGAUGGCGGCUACACAAUUAUAAGAUUCUAUACUGAUAAUCCUGGAAUGUGGUUUCUUCAUUGUCAUAUUGAUUUUCAUGCAGAAGUUGGAAUGGCCAUGAUGUUGAAAAUCGGAGACUACUCUGAAAUGCCUUCACCUCCUAAAAACUUUCCUACAUGUUUCGAUGUUAGCAGUGACGAAGAUCGUGAGAAGCGAAGCAAUUCAAAUUCGUUGAAGUUUUCAAUAUUUCUAUUAUUUAUUCAAGUUUUAUUGUAUUAAGUAAUUUUGUGAUCAGUUAAUAAAUGUUGCGUUUUAUGAUUGUUUAUUACUUACGAAUCCCUU